AUGCACUGCUUGAUUGCAUUACUUUUGCCAAUUACCGGUUCGCUUGCUGCAAUUCGAUGUUACCAAGGACAAGAAACGAUUCCCGGACAAGUGAUCCCAUACCAACCUGGUAGGCGCCUCCAAGAACUUACUGACUUACUAAUUGUUUACAAAAUUAUCCAUCUUGCAGUAAAUUGUCCAACAGCCGAUUUCUGCUUCAAUAGUUAUGUGAAACGUCAUCACAAUGGAGAUGAUAGCUAUACAAUUACAAAGAGCUGUGGAGAAGUUGGAAAAUGUUUUUNUUUGAUUGCAUUACUUUUGCCAAUGACCGGUUCGCUUGCUGCAAUUCGAUGUUACCAAGGACAAGAAACGAUUCCCGGACAAGUAAUCCCAUACCAGCCUGGUAGGUGUCUCUCAGACCUCACUAGUUUACAAAAUGUUUAUGUAUUGGACCAUUUUGCAGUAAAUUGUCCAACAGCUGAUUUCUGCUUCAAUAGUUAUGUGAAACGUCAUCACAACGGAGAUGACAGUUAUACGAUUACAAAGAGCUGUGGAGAAGUUGGAAAGUGUUUUGAAACUGGCUGUGAUGGCCCAAGCGAUGAGCGAAACUGUUGCUGCGUCGGAGACCUGUGCAACUCAGCCGGAGGCCUUACAAUCGGUAUCAUCGGACUUUCCCUUUUAGCUAUGCGAGUACUAUAA